CACGUGACCAGUACGACGUACGGGUCCGUCACUACGUCCGCUGCCUGCACGCGCUUCACAGCCCCUUCGUGCAGAGGAGGGAAAGCCCACGCAGAGCAGACGCCCGGUGUAAAUAAAUGGGAGACGAGAACUGGGACGCGUCGCAACAGCCUCAUCCCCGAUGUUUGUGCGGUGGUUCCUGGUUCUGCUCUGGGCUCAGUCCGGAGGGGCCGACCUCUUCCAUUUUGACAGCAUUUCCAAUGUUUCUACUUACUAUUUUAAUUACAUCUAUUGCAAUAUAUGGGAGGGGGAGUGUCAGCCCAACCAAGACGACGCCACGCAGCAAGUCCCCACCAGAGACCUCUGGGCAGGUUUUUCUCAGGACUACAUCAGCCUGCUGCAUCAGUGGUACUGUAGCCUGGGGCAGUGCUGCGACUCUGGAGACUGCAGGAUAACCAACAACAUAACAGGUCUGGCGAGGGAUCUUCAGACCAAGCUUCAUGGGCAGCACUUGGCUCAGUCUGUGGUUCUGAAAGCCAUCCAGGGCUUUGUCAACAACCCCGAGUCCAACAAGCCGCUCACCCUCUCCUUCCAUGGCUGGUCUGGUACCGGCAAGAACUUUGUGGCACGAAUCAUCGCCGAUAACCUUUAUCGUGACGGGGUGAAGAGCGAGUGUGUACGUCUGUUCAUUGCUCCAUUCCACUUCCCCCACGCCAGACUGGUGGACACGUACAAGGGCCAGCUGAGAGAGGCCAUCCGAGACAUGGUUCUGCGCUGCCCUCAGACUCUGUUUAUCUUUGACGAGGCUGAGAAGCUUCACCCAGGCCUCAUUGAUGCCAUCAAACCCUUCAUGGAUCACUAUGACAACGUAGAUGGGGUCAGCUAUCGCAGAGCCAUCUUUCUCUUCCUCAGUAAUAUUGGUGGCGCAGCAAUCAAUGACGUAGCGCUGGACUUCUGGCACUCUGGCCAAAAUCGAGAGGACAUUGGAAUGGAAGACCUGGAGCAUCGGCUGCGAGCUGAAACAAUAGAGUCUCAUGGUGGUUUUGCCCAGAGUGAACUGAUGUCUGGCCACCUAAUCGACUUCUUUGUGCCCUUCCUGCCUCUGGAGUAUCGCCACAUCAAGCUCUGCGCACGGGACGCCUACGCAGCCCGCGGCCUAGAGACUGAUGAGGCUACCCUGGAUGAGGUGGCCAAAGCAAUGCUUUAUGUUCCCAAAGAGGAGAGGCUAUUCUCAGCUCAGGGAUGCAAGUCCAUACCUCAGAGGAUCAACUUCUUUCUCCCCUAAAAGCAGACACAGAGAGAGACUUGGAGGAGGUGGGAGCUUGCUUUACCAGUCCAUCUGGAUACAGAGCCACAGAGGAGGUGUGUCCUCUCUGCUUUGCCCGACGUCCUCUCCUCCCUCCACAGAUAUGACCAGGCCCCUUUGAGAAAGCCGGACUCUGGGCCAGUUCCUGUAUUAGCAGGAAGAACAGCGGGGCUCACCCUGCAGACAUCUAGAGCAUUGCAGGAACCACGCUAAUGGCAGAUGGUCAUCAUGUGUGACUGCCAGGUUUGAGUCCCCACAGUGAAAAGAUGAAGAAAAUGAUGCUACAUUUAUUUUUUUUUUUAUCAUGCCACAUUAUUUAUGUCUGUUGACUGUGACCACAGUUUAAGCUACAUUUAUUAUGUUUAUUUAUGUCUAGAAAAGAUCUUUGUUCAUGUGUCUGCACCCUGUGUUUAUGGUAGCACUGAUUAUUUAUUGUCAUCGUUAGUGCCACAUUUGAACAUGUUACUAUACCACAUUUAUAUAACUUAUAACUUGACACUUACUGGUUCUGUAAGUCAUUCAUGUGACUUGUAAUGAGUAUUAACAGCAUUGUGGUGCGAAAAGUACAGAGUGUGUAACUGCCAACCAAACCGGAGGAAUGUGCUACUUGAAACAGUUACUGAAAAAUGUGCAAGAGACUGUGUUUUUAAAGGCUUGACUCUAUUUGAGAAGCCAGAUUUUAUUUGUGUUAAAUAAUUAAUUAUAAACAUUUAUAAUGGCAGAAAUUUAAGUGGGAUUUAUAUUUAUCUGAUACAUGUUUUAUUAUAUAAUACACAUCAAUAUGAUUAGUUGUUGCUUACUUUGAUGUUACUUUCUUGCGAAUAUUGUCAUUCAUUGACUUGCAGUACUUUACCUUCCUGGACACUCUGUUGUCUGCGUUAGUGAUUUUUGUUUUGUUGUAUAAAUCAUGCAAUCAUGUCACAAGAAUAAUUUUGAAAAAAUGUCAGGUAUUAUUUCAAGAAAAAUAAAUACCUACAAAAAAAGUAAACUGUA